CAUCCAAAGCAACUUCUCUCUCACAUCAACUCCUAACUCUCUUUCAGUUUCAGUUCCAGUUCUGUUUAGUGUUAUCUGCAUUUGCUUUCAAAACUUGCUUCAUCACGAAGAAAUAACAAAAGGAAACAGUUUCUCUCUUUUUCUUUCCUGAUUGUAAAGAAUCUCUCUUUUCUCAAUUGGGUCUUCACUGUUCACUUUCUGCAUCAUCUUGCUGUUGGGUUUUUUUCUUUUAUAUUUAUCUCUCUGCUCUGAGAGCUGCUAUCCUAUUAUCAGCAUCACAAGGUCUCGCUUCUGGGUUAGUCUACGAGAAACUAAUAUUUUUAUUUUUUGAGUUCAAAAAAUUAUCUUUUCAAAUUCUCCAUCAUGUUUAUACUCAAGCAUCAAAAUCUUGGUACGUCAUGAUUUUUUUCCAAAGAUUCUCCUCGAUUCAAAAAGAUAAAACUUUUAUAGAUUCUUUAGCUUGUGCUCUCAAGGAAAGCAGGUUCUUGAUUACAUUUUAAAGAUUCUAAACAAAAAAAUUUAUGCCCUUUGAAUCAAAGUUAUAUAAUAUCUUUGUUGUUGUGCAUGUCUUUCUAGUUCCUCAUCUCCAUUUCUUUAGUGUAGGGGGAAUUUUGCAAGGUUUAAGAUAUGGAAUUCGAAACUCCUUAUCUAUCUUGUUUCAUGGAAAAUUCAAAUUGGUUUGUCCAAGAGUGCCACAACACAGAAUGGACUAGAGAAGAGAAUAAGCAGUUUGAAAGUGCCCUUGCCAUAUAUGAUGAGGAUACACCAGACCGAUGGCUGAAGGUGGCAUCCAUGCUACCUGGGAAAACUGUCUUUGAUGUGAUCAAGCAGUACAAGGAUUUGGAAGAAGAUGUCACUGAAAUAGAAGCAGGGAGGGUUCCAGUUCCUGGAUAUCCUACUUCUUGUUUCACCUUGGAGCUUGUUGAUAACCAGAAUUCUGAUGGAUGCAGAAAGAGGCCUUCAACUGUUAGGAGUUCUGAUCAAGAGAGGAAGAAAGGGGUCCCUUGGACAGAAGAGGAACAUAGGCGUUUUCUGAUGGGACUUAUAAAGUAUGGUAAAGGGGACUGGAGAAAUAUCUCUCGCAAUUUUGUGAUAACAAAGACUCCAACCCAAGUGGCAAGCCAUGCUCAAAAAUAUUACAUAAGGCAAAAACUUUCUGGAGGAAAAGAGAGUAAAAGGAGACCUAGUAUCCAUGAUAUCACCAUUGUUAAUCUUGCAGAAACUACCACAUCUGAUCAAGACAAGCAUCUUUUGUUCAAUGAGUCUCACAUGCCUUCACCACAACAGAAGCUGACUAGCUUGUCAAAAGUACAACCGGAAUGGAUUAAUCACUACAAUGAUGGAUCUUUCAUGGUUUUCAACCCAAUUUGUGACGAUAUGUUCAUGUCAUCUUCAUCUGGUAUCUCUUCCAAGACCCUGAAGUUGCAAGGGCAGGAUCUCUAUGACUGUGCUUUUCAUGAGGCUUAUGCCAAGCUAAAGACCCCAGGUUUCAGGACGGCUUCUAAUGACUUCAAUAAGGAAGCUAUUUUUGGUAUUCAUGCACUGUAAUGCCAACUCUGAUCGUGUUAUAAACAACAUUCAGUUCUACCUCAUAGAUCCUAGCUUUGCAUGGUUAAUGUAGAUGAUUUGAGGCUACUUGGUUUAUGAACAUCAAUAAUGUUUUAAUUCCUUCAACUGUAAAUUUGGAAUUAAUUUUUUUUGAAGUUUUCCUGUUUAUCUCCUAGUUUG